UCGUAGGCUAGCAGCUAGCUAACGGUUAGCAUUUCAUUCGGACGUUAACUGACGAACAACACGGUAACAGACUCCAAUCCGGUGGGGGCAUUUCUGCGGUACCUUCUCCUCUUUCUCCUCCCGGUUGUUCCCGGUUCUCCGCCCCCCCCCCCCUGGUCCAGACCGGUAUUUAAACCCGAAACAUGUCGGCGGUGCAGAGGAUGAAAGUGGCGAACGAGCGGCACAGCAAGACCAUCACACAGCGGGGACACGUCCAGAAAACAUCGCGGCCUGUAAACGAGGAGAAGUCUCCGGUGGGUCCGUGGCUGCUCGCUCUGUUCGUCUUUGUGGUUUGUGGAUCAGCCAUCUUCCAGAUCAUCCAGAGCAUCAGACAGGGCAUGUGAUGACCUUUGUUCCCGAGCCGAGCCAGUCACAUGGAGAUGGGCGGGGCAUGUCGCCAUCAUGACCCCACCUACCACAGACACUCACACUGAACACACACACACUCACACACACACACACACACACACAGACACACACUUGUUCCUGUGGAGUUAAAUCUGAGCUGUUUUUUUUUUUUUACUUCCUGUUCCGUGUUGAUGAAGCUGAUUGGUUAGGAUAAUUAAUUAUUUUUUUGUUACGAUGGUUUGUCGGAUGAAGUCUUAACUCCGCCUCCUGUCAGUCGUUCUGCCGUUUGACUGAAAACUCAUCUUUGUUUGUUUGUGACUCUUUGAUUUAAAGGAACAGACCGCUGACUUGUACGCUCGUCAUCACGUCGUUCUUCAGUCUGAAAGGAGGUCAUAACAACAAUAAUAAGAAGUCACCAUGACAGAUGACGGCACCAUUACUAGAAGUCCUAGACGCCAAAUGUUGGAUCCUUUCUAGAUUUGCAAUGAUCAUAAAUUACUGACACACUCACACAGAUGUCUCUGUGCCAAAACGCUGCAAACGUAUUUAUUCAAGUCAGACGGUGCUCUCAAUGAGCUUCAGAUUUUAAAUGUUUGAUUUUAUUUCUGCAGCGAUAAUGGACAUAAAAGACUCAUUUCAAACAAACACAGCCAGUGUAGACAAACCUCCAGUGGGCUUUAAAGCGAGCGUGUCUUCUGUUCCUUUGGCAGCAGCAGCAGCGACGUGAUAUUCAGGAUCGUGAUGAAAUGGACUCAAAGCCGCAGUUUGGUUCCUUUAAAUCAGAGAUUUUAAAGUCUCGUUUGGAUGUAAAUGAAUAAAAACAACAAAUAAGAAGCUCCAUCAUCGACAUCGUCCUCUCAGAUAACGUCUGACACCGUCUCUUCAGUCGACCUCCAGCUUUAGACCGUCUCCUCUCAACGUGUUGAUCUGUGGCGACGUGAGCGCGCUGCACUUUCUGCAGCUGAAGCGGUCGGAGAGGUGAAGAGCUGGGCGAGCCUCCUGCCUGCUGGACGACAUGCUCGCUUUUAUACAAAAUAAAACCUCUGAUAUUUUUCUCUAAA